GGGGGGAGGUCGUGGCCGCGGCGGGCAGGGAAAGGCUCGUGGGCUUCGCUCCUGCGUGCCAGUCUCGCGGGGCGGUGGGAGAGAACAUGGAUUCACAGAAGGAUGUUCAGCCUCCAAAACAGCAGCCAAUGAUUUACAUUUGUGGAGAAUGUCAUACAGAAAAUGAAAUAAAGGCGAGAGAUCCUAUCAGGUGCAGAGAAUGUGGCUACAGAAUAAUGUACAAGAAAAGGACAAAAAGAUUGGUAGUUUUUGAUGCCCGAUGAUGUCUGCUGAAGAUGGUGACUUCAUGAUGUAAUCUUUUUGAAAACUUUGCUCUGUAAAACUGUGUACAAAUGCAUGCUCUUAUUUGUGUUUUAAGAGAUUGAAAUAUUAAASUUUACUGUAAUACUCAA